AUGUCCGAAUACCUUGGAUGGCAUAACCGUAAGCCGGCCGCUGGAAGUAGAGGAAAUUCAAGUUUUGAUCGAGAUAUUGUGCCCGGUGGGGCUCACACAAAGAGCUACGAGAGCUAUGUCAAGAAUAUUUUUCAUCCAACGAAUCGUCUCAGAGCAAAAGAUAAGGAUCAACUGGUGCGAGACCACGGAUUGUCAGCCACUAGCAUGUUGAGAGCUGAACGUGAGUUCGGAAGAAGUGCUCUUGACGACAAGUACGAUAGAGAGCACUUCUUCGAGAAAAUGCCUCUCGAGAGUCUCUACGCCGAGUUGGGGCUCAAAAAUCCAGCGGCUUCGAACUACCGUAGUUUCCAAGUAUAUGAGCCAAAAUCAUCGUCAGAAUAUUUUGCGGCAAGUUACGAGGCUGAACGUGAAAGACGAAAGAAGGAUUUGGAACGGGAAUUGGCUUCAUAUGAUAAGGAAGAUUACGAGGACUUUACCGGAGAGCCAAAGAAAAACUUGUAUUCGAGCAUUUCAAGCUAUAGACCACCACUGAGCAGCUACAAGUCUCGCGAAGAUGAGGAAUAUGAAAAAAACAAUAGAAAAACGCUUAUUGAUUAUAAGGAUUUUGACAGCUCCCCACUCUCCCCAUACCUCUACCAAUCCCACCCUUACGUUCGCAGUCAAGACUCAAGAAUCAUCGGAUCCAACUUUGUGCAGCUAACUUCCCGCCCGAAAGACAAAUUUAUCUCAAAAAUUGAGGAGACCUUGGCUAUGGUCCGUGAUAUGCCAAGAUAUUAAUAAAAUUUUCUUAUGAAUUCUUUUUUUUUCAAAUUAAAAAAAAAAAGUGUUUUCUUACUCCGAUUCUGAAAAUUCUAUGUACUUCCGGUGUUGUAUGAUUUGAGGAAAUAUAUGAAUGAAUAAACAUUGAAUAUAGUC